UGGGACUGACAGAACCAGUUGGGUACAGAUAUCUCUUGGAUACAAACUGUAUAGGAAGAACAAACAAAUCACCUGAUGCAAAUAUUCAACUGAAAAAAAGAGAUAUGAAAAUGUUGAUCAUCUGACAUAUAACUUCUCUAAUAUGACGCUCUAUGCUAGAAGACAGGAAAGUGGGUGACAUAACAUUUUUAUAAAGGAAUUGAAGUGGUUCAAGGAAAUAGUAUGUGCUCUGGGUCGAUGUAAGCUGUUAUUAAAGAUAUCAAUUACAGUAUAUAGAAAGGCAAGACUUUUUGAAAGAGAAGCAACAUGGUUUCUAGAAAUGCAAGUCCUCUCUCACUAACAUAGAGUUCUUUUGUCAACUAGCAAGUGGAUAAUGGCAUACACUUCAACUUUUUUGAGCAAAGUUAGUAGUCGUGGGAAAAGAGGACAAUUCCUUACAAUCUGGUAACUGGUUAAAAAAACAGAAAGGAGGAGGAGUAAAUGGACAGUUAUUGCAAGGGAGAGGUUUAAGGAGUGGAUCUUGAAUGAUCUGCAUUAAGAUGUGAUUUUUUAAAACAUUGAUAAAUUAUCUGGGGUUUAGGGGGUGAGUAUUGAGGUGGCCAGGUUUGUUGACAAUACCAAAUUAUGUAGGCUGACUAUGCUGAUGCACAGUAGCACUGCUGUAAUUCAUGCAGGAAUGAGACAAAGUGCCACGUGAAUACAUGGGAGUACCAUUGUGGUGGCUGAACUACAACAGUGUGAACAUGUCCUUUGAGAUCAAUGGAAGUGAGCAUUUCCAGUUUCCUUGUAAAGGUCCAAUUGGCCCAGCCAUGAUUUGUCACCAGGGCUCUGAUGGGAUCCAUCAGAUAAAUACUUAAAAAUCUAACCCAUUUCUAACUUCAGAGGUCCAAGCUUUGAUUCUUACUUUGACCCCCUUGGACAACCAUUGUUUCUUGAGCAACUGGUGGGAAAUAUUUAGUGUACUAUACAGACAAAAGCUACAGGAUCACAGCUGUCGCGUGGUCAGCUCCAUAAAAGAGCAAGGGUAUUUUUGUCUGUAAUGAUUGCUUUUCUAAUUAUUUUAAGAUCUUUGAAAUGCCUCCUCCCUUACUUCUGAAAUACAUGCAUUUUAAAGGCCCUCCUACAUUAUGUGUGCAUGCUGGAUAUGACAAAAGAGCAAGGGAGCCAGCUGUUUGUAGGCUAAAGGAAAUGGAGUGACCUUCUUGGCUGCCUUCUCCAAAAGCAAAAAAGAAAAACUCCACUCACAGGAGACAAAACAAGCCUGGUGGAGUACGCUUGUUUCUUUUGAAUCUCUUGUUUCUCAUGGUCUGAAUACUGUCUUCAUCUUUGUUGUGAUACCAAAGUGUAACUAAAUGCAACUGGCACCAAAAAAACUUGUUCAUGACAGAGCUGCUGAUAGGAAACCACACAGAGGCAAGCAGUCAGCAAGGAGGUGCAGAAAGCAUUAAAAAUGGCAAGUGAGGUGUCCAGUUGCUAUCACUGCAUGGCUUCCUUAUGUGGAAAACGGUAUGCCAUGAAAGAGGAACAUCCUUACUGCGUGAAGUGCUAUGACAGCCUCUUUGCUAACUUCUGUGAAGAGUGUAAGAAGCCUAUCGAAUGCGACUCCAAGGAUCUUGCCUAUAAAGGCCUCCAUUGGCAUGAAGUGUGCUUCAAAUGUGCAAAGUGCCAAAAGUCUUUGGUAGAGAAGCCCUUUGCAGUCAAAGAUGAGCUCCUGUUGUGCACAGAGUGCUAUUCCAAUGAGUAUUCAUCCAAGUGUUUCCACUGCAAGAGAACCAUUAUGCCUGGUUCUCGUAAAAUGGAGUUUAAGGGAAACUUUUGGCAUGAAGCUUGUUUUGUUUGCCAACAUUGUCGGCAACCAUUAGGAACAAAGCCUUUGAUUACCAAGGAUGAUGACAAUUACUGCGUGCCCUGUUUUGAGAAGCAAUUUGCUCAGCAUUGUUACUCCUGCAAAAAGGUGAUAACUACUGGUGGUGUGACUUAUCAUGACCAGCCAUGGCACAAUGAAUGCUUCCUUUGUAGUGGAUGCAAGAAACAGCUUGCAGGACAACGGUUUAUUUCCAAAGAUGAACUUCCUUACUGCCUUGAGUGCUUCAGCAGCCAUUACGGAAAGAAAUGCACAGCCUGCACCAAACCCAUUACAGCUCUCGGGGGAGCCAAAUUUAUCUCGUUUGAGGAUCGCCACUGGCACAGUGACUGCUUCAAAUGUGGGAAAUGUUCCAGCUCCUUGGUGGGAAAAGGCUUCCUGGCCCAGCAGGGGAGAAUCCUUUGCUGCCUUUGUGGUAGCACCACAUAGUCAAGAGAUCCAUUGACUUCCUCUGAAAUUUCACCGCUAGGCCAUCAGAUGUCUGUCAACCAAGUAUAAUGGUUGUUUAGUUGCAUAAAUUGCUGUUCUAGCAUAGUAGUGUACCUUCUUUGUAACCACUUUAAAUAACCCUUGUUCUUGUUACGAAAACAGCUUCCAAUAUGUAUUAACCUGGAAGAGUUUGUUGUUUGUUUUCUUUUCCUUGGAGGAGAGUGCACUCUGCUGUUUGAAAUACAGGGAGGUACAGUUUUUCAACAGAGAUAUUGUCCUUAAAUUCUAAUAAAGAGAGGCUGUAAGGUAGUAUGGCUGAAGAAACAGAAAACAGGACUUUUCCAACAGCACAAUAUGCAUCUUUUCCUGGCACCACCUCUGUCCUUUUUAAACCGAUAGGUCAUCAACAAGCAUUGGGGGGUGGGCAGGCCAGAAAGGUGAAAGAACAGCACAGCAGAACAACAAAAAAGGGAAGUUUGCUACCUCUGGUGUUGUCUUUCUGCAUAAUAUCGCAAAAUCAACCCAUACCAAACUAGACGUCUCAUGGGAGUUCCAUGGUUGUAGCACCAACCUGGUGGAUGCCUUUGUCCUUUUCAAAAAUCUAGCAGAUGGAUGGACAUGUCAAGUUUUGUACUGGGAAUAGGGGAGAUGUACAACAGAAAGAGCUGUUGUGGAGUUGAAGGCUUUCAUGGCCGGCAUCCAUAUAUUUUUGUGGGAUUUCGGGCUAUGUGGCCAUGUUCUAGAAACCACUUGGUAAAAUGACACUAUCUACUGGAGGUCACAAAACUGUGCGAACUUUAGAAUGUUCUGGACUACCAAGCUGUUUUGGAGUGAGUGAGCUCCUGUACUAGUUUGAUUACACAGGCCUGAAAAACUGAGAGUCUUUGAUGUUUCUGUAUUGUGAUAUGUGACUGAAUAAUAUUAUCCUUCGAAGAAUUAUCCUGCAAAGAGUACAAAAGAGGUAAAAGUCGGUUAGAAGACUUUAAUUUGUUGAUAUGAAACAACAGAAAUCCCAUUC